UUGUUUCAGACGGAUGACGACGACGAGGAAAAAACGCCUGAACCUCGCCAAUACUCACUCAGAAAAUUCCGACAGCCGGUAGACCGUUUUGCCGCUACUGUGACGUUGAAAGAAAAGAAAGAUUUAACGUCAAGCCAGGCAGUGAUUCGUGAGCGCUUGCGUCAGACAGGUGGAUCAUGCACAGAUAUAGACCCGAUGAGCAUCGACAGAGGCAUCGGAUUUGAGCAGGUGGGAGGUCUUGGAGCGCAUAUUCAAUCACUGAAAGAAGUUGUCCUUUUCCCCAUGCUAUAUCCGGAGAUAUUCAAACAAUUCAAUAUAACGCCUCCCAAAGGAGUUGUCUUCUAUGGGCCACCAGGAACGGGAAAAACUUUGAUGGCUCGUGCGUUGGCCAAUGAGUGCUCCAAAGGAGGCAAGAAGGUAGCUUUCUUCAUGAGAAAAGGUGCAGACUGCUUGAGUAAGUGGGUAGGCGAAGCAGAAAGGCAACUACGUGUGCUAUUCGAUCAAGCAUACGCUAUGCGCCCCUCCAUAAUUUUCUUCGACGAAAUUGAUGGGCUUGCCCCAGUCCGAUCCUCAAAGCAGGACCAGAUCCACUCGAGCAUUGUCAGCACCCUUUUGGCUCUGAUGGAUGGAUUGGAUAGCCGCGGAGAGGUAGUGGUGAUUGGAGCCACGAAUCGUUUGGAUACCCUGGAUCCGGCUCUACGGCGUCCCGGAAGAUUUGACAGGGAACUGAAAUUCUCACUUCCUGACGCAAAUGCCAGAAAACAAAUACUAACUAUUCAUACAGCAAAAUGGGGAACCAGCCAACCUGACGAGAGCACACUGACAUGGCUUGCGGAUGGAACAAGUGGCUACUGCGGGGCCGAUCUACAGUAUUUAUGUACUGAAGCUGUACUUGUCGCGUUGCGGUCUCGUUUUCCGCAUAUCUACAUGUCAGAGGAGCGCCUCAAACUGGAUCCUUCACUGCUUGUCAUUGAUAGAAGCUGUUUCACAAGCGCCAUGCGCAGGAUUACUCCUGCCUCAAGAAGAGAUCUUUCAAUCCCAUCUCGUCAACUCGAUGACCGUACCUCGAUUCUAUUGUUAAGUACAGUUACAUCUUUGUUGAAUAUACGCAUACCGUCCGGAUAUAAAAGUUCACAGUCUGUUCAAAACAGUUCGGUAUCUGAAUUGGAAAAGGUGGUUCGCGCUCUGGAACAACCGCCAUGUGUGCCAGCAGUGCGUCUCCUAAUCUGCGGCAGUCCAUCUCAUCCGGAUCUAGGUCAGACAUCCUAUGUUCUGCCUGCUGUGCUCGGAAAGCUUGAUCACCUCCCUGUGUUUUCUUUAGCGGUAGCUAGACUGUUUUCGGAUGGGAAACCAGAGGAAACAUUGGCGCAAACAAUACAAUCUGCACUUCGUUCAGCAGCCAAUGGUCCGUGUGUUCUUCUUCUUCCAAGCAUUGACCAGUGGUUUUCAGUCGUUCCCCCAAGUGUCACUCACAUGCUCGCAACAGCUCUCGACUCCAUGCAUGGUUUCACGUCGAUUCUUUUUCUGGCAUCAUGUGAUUGUGCUUACGACUCAUGUUGCCCGGAAGUCAAAGAUCUAUUCGGUCCAUCACAAAGUGUUAGCCUCACUCCACCCAAAGAACUAUACCGGCGUCAUUAUUUUGAACAUAUCAUUGCAAAUGCCCGUAUUCCGCCGAAAAUUUUUGAUCCUUCGAUAUACAAAGAACCGGAAAAAGCUGACCCAGAAGAUGCCAAGGUAACUCGAAAGUUGAAUGAAAGAGAGGCAAGGGAACUUGUCAAGGAGUACGAGAGUCAACUUCGCCGCUUCCGUGCUCUUCGGCGGGACAGACGUUUCACGAUUUUCGUCAAACCUGUUGAUGUAGAAGACGUUGAAGACUACUACGAUGUCAUAAAAAACCCCAUGUGUAUAUCAGAGAUGGAAGAUAAAAUCGAUAGGUAUGGUGCCAUGUCGUUUUUACACAAAUGGUCUGUUCUGAGUAACAACAGCUUUUGCUCCGAAGUUGCAUAUUUCAGAAAACCUGCGCUCUUUGUAUGCUUUUUUCAGAAAGAUUCUUUUUUUCAGUGUGUGGAACAUACUAACGGAUGGUCUGUAAGCGAGCUGGAGCGGCUGGCUGCCGUUAUUGCUCAUGACAUUGAGGAGUAUCGGUGA